AUGUCGAACGUCGAUGAAUUGACAAAAAUGGCUAGUGAUGGUCAGUUACCAGAAAAAGUAAGUUAUAAACAAGAAUCUUGAAAUAUAUAUUAAUAAUGUCUGUAAUAUAUUUCAGCUGAAAUUAUUGAGGGAACUUUUGAAGAGAACUGAAUAUUCGAAUUGUGAUCCAUUUUGCGAAGCCAAGUUCAAUUCGACAUUCAAAAAAUAUAAAAAUGUGAGAUUUUAACUUUUCAUUUUCUUACAAAACCCAAUAUAUUUUCAGGCAGUGUGGUAUGAGGUAUUUUUUCUCUAUAGCAUCGAAGACUUCAAAGAUCAAAUUAUUCGAAUUGCACAGAGGAAAAACAACCAUGUCACUCGGGUUGUAUUGAUCGCAGCUCGAAAGGCUGUAAAAAGGAAUCCGGCUGAAUCUCUUUCAAUAUUCACUCAAAUGGCAGGAAAGCUGAAAAAUCGACGAGAAAGCGAUCGAGAAAUUGAGGAUGACAUUUGUACAGAAUACAAAGAUGUGAGUAGUGAAAAAAAAGUGAAAGAUUAUUUGGUUUUUUCUCAGCUUUUCAACAACAUCGAAAUUCAUCCGACUAUCAAACUUUUGAAAGCUAUCCACGUCACAGAGAAGGUUUACACGAAAUUUGGAAUGGAAUAUGCCUUGAAUAUAUCUUCUCAAAAAAAAGUCUACCUCGAGUGAGUUUUGCUUUGUUCAAAAAAAGCCCAAAAAUACUUUCAGUUUAAACAUUUCCCAGAAACAUAUUAACAAAAAAAUAAUUUCAGGAAGGCUGCCGAAUAUAAACGAGACUUCUCGAAAUUCAACGCCGAAGAGUUGAUUGAUUUAAUUGAACGACGUCCGGAACUUGUUGACUAUAGGGAGAAAAGAAAGCCGAAAAAGAAAAAUUGA